UUCAACUAUACUAUGCUUUAUCUUUUAGAGAAAAUAUUUUUAUAUAACUAAAAAUCUUAGGAUCUAUAUAUAUACAGUUAUACUUGUCUAUGUAUGUUCCACAUCUCUAGCUUUCUCUUUUCUCACUCUAUCUUCAAUGGGUCUUCCGACAGAUUUUAAGGAGCUUCAGAUUCCAGGAUACGUACUUAAGACGCUUUACGUCAUCGGUUUCUUUAGAGACCUGGUCGAUGUUCUUUGUCCUUACAUCGGUUUACCUCGAUUUCUAGACCACGAGAUUCUUCGACCGGACCCGAUCAGACCCGAAACCCUCACGACGGUGAGUCUUGCUGACAAGAUUUCCCCGGUGGUUCGUUUCUCGGAUAUUCAGACCGAUCUUGAAGACUGCUGCACGGUGUGUCUCUCUGAUUUUGAGUCCGAUGAUAACAUCAGGCAACUUCCGAACUGUCGACAUGUGUUUCAUGAUCAUUGCUUGGAUCGUUGGAUUGUGGAUUGCCGCAAGAUGACUUGUCCGAUUUGUCGGGAUCGGUUCUUACCGGCCGAAAAAUAAGCACGGGCGGGUCCGGUUUGGUAUAGUGAUGAAUGGGAGA